CCGGCCAUCUUGGCGGCUGGUGUUGGUUGGGGGCUGUCCCGCACCUAAGGCAGGAAGAUGGUGGCCGCAAAGAAGACGAAAAAGUCUCUGGAGUCUAUCAACUCUAGGCUCCAACUUGUUAUGAAAAGUGGAAAGUACGUGCUGGGGUACAAACAGACUCUGAAGAUGAUCAGACAGGGCAAAGCGAAAUUGGUUAUCCUCGCCAACAACUGUCCAGCUUUGAGGAAAUCUGAAAUAGAAUACUACGCCAUGUUGGCGAAAACUGGUGUUCAUCACUACAGUGGCAAUAACAUUGAAUUGGGCACAGCAUGUGGAAAAUACUACAGAGUAUGCACACUGGCUAUCAUUGACCCAGGUGAUUCUGAUAUUAUUAGAAGCAUGCCAGAACAGACUGGUGAAAAGUAAACCAGGAAAGUUUUUCUUUAAUAAAACUUUACCAGA